AUGAAAACCAAAAUUGAGUUUGUUCGACCCCUGGACAUGCGGGCCAGACGUUGGACCGGAGGCAUGGUGCGGAAGAGGUGGUGUGCUCUUGUUGCGGGUAGGUCAAAUUUAGAACUUGAGAAGGUGCACGGCAACCCAAAAUAGAACAAAAAUGUCUCCCGCCCACUUUUGAAUUUCGUCCAAACGAAGUGUCAAAAUUCACAAACGAAAUAAAAUAAUUCCGAAAAAAAUAUUUUUCGGUCGGAAAACCACACGAAAAAUUGGCUUCGUGGAAAUUGGACAGAGUGAAAUUGGACAGAUUUUUCUCGUACGAAAUGUCACUAUUGAAUCAUCAAAUAAUCAUUUUUUGCAGUGAAAAAAAUCUGUCCAAUUUCACCCUGUCCAAUUUCCACGAAGCCGAAAAAUUCAUUUUUGAAAUUUCGUUUGAAUUCAACCGAUACUAGGUAGGCGAAGCGCCGCAACGAGGCGGGAGACUCCCUGGGUUGUAGUGAGGAGCGACGCUUAGAUUUUCUUUUGUUUUUGCCCUCACGUCGGGAAUAGGCCACAUGGCCACAUGUCAAUUUUUUCAAAUUAUAGCUUGCGCUUUGCAUUCGCAGCAGAGAUACCGGGGAGGCCAAAGUUUUUUUUUCAAAAGAUCUUAACACCUUUUUUCACUGUGCGGGCGAAGUAUUAUAGUUGGCAAUGCUACGAAACAUUACUACCUAGAAAUAGAAAAAAAUAAAAAUAAACGUUUUUAUGGCCAGAUUUGCAAAAAGAUUACACAUUUUUUACUUUCAACCAAAAAAUCUCGGUUGUUUCUGCAAAGCGCAAGCUAGAAAUCUUGGAUGUGUCUUGUAAAAAAUCACUCUAAAUUUUUUCCAAGUUUCAUCCACAUCUGAGCGUCGCACUUGUUACAAUUCCCCUAUCAGUCUGUCUGGAAAAUACAGUAUGCGUCAUAAUUAUAACCGCACUUUUAAAAUGAGUGUAACUUUUGUGAUUGUGAAUAGAAAUGUGUGAUAUUUGGCACCAAUGUGCAUCAGUGUACUAGAAAUGAUGUCCCAAAAAAUUAUUUUCAAGAGUUUCCGUAUUUUAGAGAAAAGCUGCAAAAACCAAAAUUAUGAUACUUUUCGGUGUCGCAAAAAUAUAACCGCACUUGCGAAUUUGGGGUAUUACCCUAAUAAAAACACAGGAUAUCAAUAACUGAUGUUUAGUUACGCUCCCUGAGGCCUCAAUAACGCCCAUCACACGACCCGAAACCCUCUGGGCAAAUUUUUUUGGCGCAUACUGACCCAUCUUGUCCCUGAAGCGGAAAACGGCAGAUUUUCGCUUGGAAUACCGCUUGUUGUAGCGAUGUAAUCAACGGGCGAGGGGGCCCCACAAGUUUCCUAUCGGAUUUAAACCCAGGGAAUAUGCGAGCGAGUCUAUGGUGGCAAAUGCCUUGCUGUCAAAGGAACUGGUAUGUCGACCUUCUACGGUUGACGUGGGCAUUCUCGAACAAAAGUAGAGCCAGAUUGCCAAUACGGCUCCAGAUGUUCGCCUAAGACUUCGUAGUACUCGAAGCUAUUCAUUUGAGUUGCCGUGGCCGCGGACGGAAGGCCUCCGGCUUUUUUGAAGGCGCCCGAAGUCAUCAACGGGCGGCCUCUAUAAUUACGACACGAGAAGCGACUCGAUACGUUUUUAAUGUCGUGCCUUUGGUAUGUAAAACCGUCAGGGCAUCGUGUGACUACGCAAUCCACAAGGAAUAUGGUAUUGCAACGGUCUAACGUCGGUUUCAGCGACCUUCCACUAAUCAACCUCUGUUGUGAAUGUCUCCUUGGCAAAUUUCGGCUGUGGAUUGCCGUAAACCGGGGUCAGCUGGGGUCAGAGCUUCACAUAAUACCUUAUGAUGACGUCGCUGUGUUUUGCGACCCUCAGCACGGUGCUUCCGCUACUAAUGAAGCUCAGUUCUUGAUUUAAGUGAACCCCAGAGAUGGUGGAGUUAGAAGUCCGGCGGAUUAUUUCUCUUCAACCAGAAGCAGUGGUCAACUUUUGUCUGCCAUAACAUUUAGAUUUGUUAAAGGCUUCCGAGACGACCAGGAAGUUCCUCACAACUUGAGCCCAACGGUCUAACUGAGCGAAAAUCUGCCGUUUUCCGAUUCAGGGACAAGAUGGGUCAGUAUGCGCCAAAAAAAUUUGCCCAGAGGGUUUCGGGUCGUGUGAUGGGCGUUAUUGAGGCCUCAGGAAGCGUAACUAAACAUCAGUUAUUGAUAUCCUGUGUUUUUAUUAGGGUAAUACCCCAAAUUCGCAAGUGCGGUUAUAAUUUUGCGACACCGAAAAGUAUCAUAAUUUUGGUUUUUGCAGCUUUUCUCUAAAAUACGGAAACUCUUGAAAAUGAUUUUUUGGGACAUCAUUUCUAGUACACUGAUGCACAUUGGUGCCAAACAUGACACAUUUCUAUUCACAAUCACAAAAGUUACACUCAUUUUAAAAGUGCGGUUAUAAUUAUGACGCAUACUGUAGUGAACACAAUGUCGCUGCGCCAAUCGCGUCGCUGAAGUAAAAAACAAUUUGAUUUUCUUUCAUUUUCCCUGCGGCGAUGCGAUUUUCGCUGCGACAGGGUGCUCAUUAUUUUCCUGACAGACUGACAUAGCUUUUUCCAGGCGCAAUCAUCUGCUUUGUCCUGCUAAUUUCCAAUGCCUCUACUGUGUAUACGUUGCUUGGUAAACUCUUUUUGCCAAAAACUCCACUCGACAUUGCUCCAUUCGAAGCGCUUUUUCAAAUGGAGCAGAUUGACCUCAAAAUCAACGACACAGAGUUCUCGUACAACAUGAGCAUCCCGGUGGAUCCAAAUCAAUGCAAUGGAGUGGAGGUGGUGGUCUACACGAUGACUCUGGGGGAUGAGAAGUCAUUUGAGAGGAGGGAGACUGUCCGAGAAGUCCUGCGGCGUACGGUGAGUAAGGAUAGAGAGUGUUCUGUCUAUCAGUCUGUCGGAAAAUAAUGUGGACUCUUCCCGGCUGUCAUCGCGUUGCAAUGGGCAGUCGCUGCUGGAGAUUUGGUGAUGAAUGCGACGAGAUGAGACAUUUUACCAAGACAAAUCCACAAAAAGGCGGCCAAGAGUGUUUUUCUCUGUGAGCGCUUCCCGCUUUUCGCUUCUCUAGGCGGUAAAUACCGUUGGAUAUCUCACCCAGCAAUCCCGGAAAAUCUUAGUCCGCGCUUUGCAUAGGCACUCAAAUAUUGCUCGUCAACGUACGGCACUUUUUUUGCCCCACUUAUUGGUCUGCCUAGUAUCAGUCUGUCGGGAAAAUAAUGUGGAUUUUUCGCGGUAAAAUUCUUCGACACGAUCGCACACCAAAUCUCCAGCCACUGCUAGCCGUCGCAAAGCGAUGACGGAGAUUCCAAGGCGCUACGAAUCCACAUUAUUUUCCCGACAGACUGAUGGCGGACACAAACUCACUUGUUCCCUGUAGUUUGCGCUUGCUUCCCGGAGAUCAAGAUUAGGAGGGUAGCGAUGUUUCGCCGAUUCCGCUUUCUGCGGGGGAUGAGGGUUGUGGCAUGCAAACAAAGUUUUCGGAAACUUCAUUUCCUUGAUCUUUUCUCUUCAUCUUUACCCAAAAAAAAGGAGCGAUAAGUUGCAAGCAAAAGAAAUCUGAAUCACUAUUCUGAAAAUGAGUCCGCAUAUUGAUAUGGAGGUUUUUGACGCCUUUAGGUCAGGUCACAACUAUUGAUGACCAUAGUCACGACAUAGGUCGCCAGCUCUAUGACGACCUGAGCAAACAAAGAAGUCUUGACCUUUCUAGUAAAAUAAUGGGACAAUUUUUACGUAAUUUUAUGUGUACCACCUUGAACUCAAUCACGACCUAGGUUACGAGGUCGGUCAUAACCUCACCUAUCAUAGGUACCAUAGUCAAUCUUGCCAUAGUCAACCAGUGUAGCAAUUUUUUUGAUGAUUUUAAAAGAAACCACCAAGACCUUGGUCACGACGUAGGUCACCAACUUGAUGAAGACCUGAUAUAUGUAGCAAAGGUAGACAUUGUCGCAUCGACGCCGAGAAAAUGAAUUGUGUCGCGGCAAGAUCAGGUUACUUUUCACUUGAGGCGAUCGGCGCAGCGACAUUGCGCUCAUUAUUUCCCCGACAGACUGAUAGCCUUUCCAAUAGAGGUGGUUUAAAAAUAGAGGGUACCCUACAUUUUUGCGACGCGUAAUUUGCCAGCAUAGCUGACCAACAAUUCUGGGGGAGGUCGGUCCUUGUGUCGUUGUAAAAUCAAAUUUCUUUUCACUUCAGCGACUUCAAUUGGCGCAGCGACAUUGUGCUCAUUAUUUUCCCGACAGACUGAUAGGAGUUUGACACACAGUAAUUUCAGACCAACCGCUCCAUCAUCUUCCGCUUUUUCCUCGGCAAAUCCGACGAUCUCAACCUCACAAUUCUCAUUCCGGAAGUGCAAAAAUACAACGAUAUUGUCUACUACGACCACAAAGACACGUACCGCGAAAAUUACGCCAAAUGGUACACGAUAAACGAGUACCAUUUACGGCAUUGUCCGAACGUCACGCAUGUAAUCAAAAUGGACCAUGAUGUGGCGGUGGAUUACGGGCGCUUCUUCGAGUGGCUCGACCUGGAUUUCGGUGGGCUGCUGACCAAUCACACCGAGUACUUUUUGUGCCAGGAGAUGAGGGGCUACAAGCCGUACAGGAAGCUGGGCGAUCGAUGGUAGGUUUGCAAGAGAGCAAUGAUCAAAAAUAGGGAAAUAUCAGUCUGUCGGGAAAAUAAUGAGCACUCUGUCGCUGCGCCAAUCGCGUCGCUGAAAGGAAAAGAAACUUCCGCGACACAAUUCAAUUUCUCGACGGCAAUGCGUUUUUCGAUGCAACAUUGUGGUCAUUAUUUUCCCGACAGACUGAUAAACUAGCCUCAGCACGAUGUUCGAUGCGACAGUGUUCAUUAUUUUCUCGACGGAGUCAUUAAUCCCGAGCCAUAUAUUGCCUUAUAUUGCGAAAGGCAUUCCGGUUACUAUUUUCCCGACAGAGUGAUCCAGGGCCAAUUCAGCUCCGACAAAGAUAUGGCAGCAGAGUUUUUGUCCCUGCCCGAUCUCCACCUUCCGCGUGCUCUCUUGCCUGCAAAGAUUGCUAAUUAUCUCGGCUUUCCCGGCAAACCUCGAACGAAAUUUUAGGAGCUGGCUGUUAUCUAUAUGUACAUUUAUUUUUUAAAUCGUUUUUCAUCGGUCUGUCGGGAAAAUAAUAAGUAAAAUGUCCUGCGCCAAUCGCGUGGCUGAACUGGAAAGCAAUUUGAUUUUGUCGCGAUAAAAUUCAUUUUCUCGGCGGCGAUGCGAUUUCCGAUGCGACAGAAUGCUCAUUAUUUUCUCGACAGACUGAUAAAAAACUCUUUAUUCGACCGGUCGAUUUCAAAAAUUACUUUUUUCAGGUACAUUUCCUGGGACGAAUACCCACGCCGCUGGUGGCCCAAUUACUGUUAUGGCUAUUUCGUUCUCACCACCACCGAAACAAUCGCCUCGGUUCAACAUGGGAUGAGAGACAUCUCCCUGGUCCACAUGGACGACGCAUUCAUUACCGGGAUUGUGCGCAAAAACCUGUCCAUCCCCAUCAUCAACUGGCACGGCAUCUUCUCGCAGCCGGAGCACGUGAGCUACGAGAACUGCGACCUGUUGGACACGAUUCACUCCUUCUUCGUUGUGCAUAAUGUAACGCAUAGGGAGUUGGCGAAGGGAUGGAUAGAGGAUAUGCGGACGCUGGAGUGCUGA